AGAGAGAGGGGAUGUGUGUAGCUAGAGUAAUGUGACAGGGAAGGGGUGCAGGUGGUAUCUUCUACUGAUCACUGUAGUAGGUUUCCAUUAUUAUUAUUAUAAACAUUAAAGAUGCUCAGGUGAUUGCUUCAGUGUUUAAAUUUUAGAAUUUGGAUCCCAUUUAUGAAGAGAUUCUCCAACUUUUAUGGUAGCGCAGCUGGUUGCAGUUCAGAUCAAAGGGAUGUUCUGCGAUUAAAUGUUUGGAACAAACAGUGGUUGUUCUGAUAUUACAGCACUAUGGUUGCCAGGUUGAGUACGAUGUUGAGCCUUGCAGCAGCGCCAAUGCAGUUUCAGAUGGAUGUAUCGAUGUCCAAAGGACAAGCCUGACCAUGCCGAUCAGUGGUCAUGUCAUCUACGGUGUUGCCCAUCAGCAUACUGGGGGAAUUGGUUCAACUCUGUUUGGGGAGGAAGGACGUGUUAUAUGCACUUCAGAACCAAUUUAUGGAGAAGGAAAGGAUGCAGGAGAUGAGGCAGGUUACGUAGUAGGGAUGUCCACCUGUUAUCCUGAACCAGGCUCUAUCCAGAUAACAGCUGGGGAGAAUCUAGUUCUUGAAUCUUACUACAGUAGUACUCAAAAGCACACGGGGGUUAUGGGGAUUUUCUACAUUUUGGUUGCUGAACGAACACCAAAUCCCACGAAUUUCUUGCAUUCUCCGAUUCAUAUACAUGAAAAGAUGAAAGUAUCCGCAUCCGCUUUAGCAAUAGUAGCUCUGUUAGGACUGGCAGUGGUUGCUGUUGGCCUGCGUUAUCGACUGAAGAAGGGGAGAGAAGAAGGCUAUCAACCAAUAAUGGCAUAGAGCUGUAACCCUGUUAAUUUCCAUGAUCUUUGUAAUGCAUAUAUAUAUAUAUAUAUAUAUGAAACAUGCCUUGUUUGCUCUACGAAUGGAUGCAAAAUAGUCCAACUAGAUAUAGCAACCGUAUCAAUGGAACUCGUUGUCUUCUCUAGUGGAGCCACAGAGAUCCAUGCAUCAAUAAUUUGUCUGAGUAAUUGGAAAU